AUGACGGUUUGUGACUUGCGAAAACUUUUCUUCGUACAUGUAUAUAUAUCUUCCUUCAUUCGUAUGGAAACCUUACUCAUUUUUCCAUAUAUAUAUAUAUACUUCGAGCUCCAUACAUUAUUUCAUCAAAACCCCCACUGGAUGGCCUUACAUAAAUAUUUAGUCUUGAACUUCAUUUAUUUCAUUCGAAGUAAAGAACCGUUACUCGCCGAACAAAGUCUCUGGGGCGUCAAACGACUUGCCUUUGCAGUGUUCAACGUACUCCAAUCCUACAGGUUACCCAGCUUCACGUGCGCGACUGUACGUAACAUGUUUUACAGCGGCGAUUUACUUUCUCCCAAAGGUGCACUUGGACAGAUCUGGGUAUGCGUAUUUAUAUCUGACGUUGCCUUGGCACCCUUUUUCCUUGACAACUUUCUUAAGGUACCUUUUCCCUUCACGGCCCGACCGAAGUGCAAUAGUAAUUGCGCGUUGAAUUCGUUUUCUAUCUUACUUUAUGCAUCAGAUACUCGCGCAUCAGCCGGCAUGUGCCAAAGUUCUUACGCGACACAAAGCAGUGCAGAUAUCCGUACCUGCAGCAUGUGAUACGAUCAUGAGACCCCCUUCGCCCCUGGUGAGUUUACAGGUUCCCUUCUCAUGAUCCUCUGCGCUUCGUGCUUAAUGGCUAGCCUUCUGCUGAGUUCAGGCCCUGCGACUUGCCGCGCUUCUAAUGCGCGGUGUUGUCACCCUUUACUCUCGACAACUGCAGUUCCUUUUUGAAGAUUGUGCAACUGUUUUGGCUCAUCUCACUACCAUCUCCUCCGAAGAAUACUGCGGGCGUCGGGGCUGUAAUCUUCUGAUCUCACGU